GUCCUCAUCCAGCCUGGCUGCUGGCCCUGCCCCAGGGCGUGUCCUGGCCCUGGCCCCAGUCUCAGUGCCUCUGCUGCCGGCUCUCUGAGAGGCACUCACUGGAGGCCAGGCAGGCUGGGAGUAGCAGCUGAAAGAUGCGACCUGUGGCUGCUGGUGCUUUCAGGGUGCUGCUCCUCGUCUUCGCCUCCGUGUGUGCCUGGUACUUGGGGUACCUGCUGGCGGAACUCAUCCCCGAAGUGCCCCUGUCCAGUGCGGUGUACAACAUCCGGAGCAUCGGAGAGAAGCCGGUCCUCAAAGCCCCAGCCCCUAAAAGGCAGAAAUGUGACCACUGGACCUCGUGUCCCCCCAACACCUAUGCCUACCGGCUGCUCAGCGGGGGCGGCAGAGAUAACUAUGCCAAGAUCUGCUUUGAGGACGAGCUGCUCAUAGGAGAGAAGACUGGAAACGUGGGCAGAGGAAUCAACAUUGCCGUCGUGGACUAUGUGACUGGGAAAAUGAAGGCAGCACAGUAUUUCGAUAUGUACGCAGGUGAUAACUCAGGACCCAUGACGAAGUUUAUCCAGAGUGCCCCUGCCAAGUCCCUGCUCCUCAUGGUGACCCACGACGACGGAAGCAGCAGGCUGAAGGCAGACGCCAAGGACGCCAUAGAAGCACUUGGGAGCAAAGAAAUCCGGAACAUACGGUUCCGGUCCAGCUGGGUGUUCCUUGCUGCCAAAGGUUUCCAACUCCCUGCAGACCUGCAGCAGGAAAAGAUCAACCACUCUGAUAACACAAAGAACAGAUACUCGGGCUGGCCAGCAGAGAUCCAGAUCGAAGGCUGCAUCCCCAGGGAGCCAAACUGAGCAGGUCUUGUGCGAGCCGCGCUCGUGUAGACGGACGCCCCUGGAGUGCUCCGAGACUCUUACCUCCCUCCAAGUCCAGUGAUCAAUAUUUAAUGUGUAUGUCAGGUUUGUUGUAAACCAAGGAAUAUUUGUUGGUUCUGUACAGUCUUGGCACACGUUA